AUGGCGCCUUUUGUCGGGAGGGUUCCUGGGAGUUUGUCUGGGGUUAAGGGGAAGCUCGCCGGGUCCCGGGCGAAGAAGAGCGAGAAGAGGUUGAAGAUGAUGAAGGUUGAUGAAGAGGAGGGGUGGAAGGGGGCUGGCGCCGGGGAGUGGGUCAGUGCUGGAUACGGCGGCGACGGAAUGGUGUGGGCGUGGCUCUGCGGAACGGCGCUGGCCGUCAUGAUUUCUGGCAAGGAGGGCGUUGCUCUGGAAAAGGGGGUCGGGUUUCCUGGGGGCAAGUUGGAGGAGUGGUUUCCCAAGGAGUUGCUGAUCACGGAGGCGAGGGUGAAGAGGGCUGAUAUGAGCAACUUGGUGGAUGAGAUUUUGUAA